GCUCGCUGCCUAGGGAGGAGGAGGAGGAGGAGGAGGAGGAGGAGGAGGAGGAGAGGAGGAGGAGGAGAGGAGGAGGAGGAGAAGUGAGGCUGGAAGGAAAACACUCGGAUCGAGACGAGAAAGAGACAGACUUGGAUGUACCUCUGAGAGACCCACGUAGUUCUUUGGCUUUCUCUUUUUAUUUUUCGGCGUCUUGUGUUCGAGCGAUGAGGAGAGACCGUCUCUUCUUGGCCGUGACCCUCACCGCCGUCCUCUCCGCCGACCUCUACCUCGUCCUCCUGCCCAAGCUGCGAGGCCUGGGGCGAGGGUCGGGACCCUUUUGCCCGUGCGGCCCCGUCAACCUCACCCUCCCCAGGCACGGGGGUCUCGCCACGCCGCGGCUCUACAACUGGUCUUCCGUGGCGCCCGGGGGCGGCGCGCCGCCUGAACCCGCCGACCGGGGCUCGAAGCUGGGCCGGCUGUUCGACCACCCGCUGUACAACAUCCAGAGCCCGGCGCCGGGGCCGCAGGAGACGCUGCUGCAGGAGGAGGACCUCGUGCAGCACUACAGGAAGAAGGUGUCUCACUGGGAAAGACGCAUAAAACUCUACAGCAAGGCAGCGGCCAUCUCCAACAUCACUGUGACUGAACAUGAGGUGACCUUUGACCCCGGCGCCAGCUGGCUGAAGUUCCACCUGGGGAUAAACCGAUACGCCCUGUACUCCCGCGAGGACGCGGCCGUCCCGCAACUCCUCGAGGACAUGCAGGGCAUGACCGUCAUCAGCGCAGAUUACACCCAAGAUGAGAAGGCCCUCAAAGGAGCGUGCGACUGCACCCAAGUUGUGAAGCCGAGCGGACAUCACCUGAAACUCGCCCUGAAGAUGCGAAACUACGCUAAAGCCAUGUUCAAACCAAUGAGGCAGCAGAGGGACACGGAGACACCAGAAGACGUCUUCUACUUUGUGGAUUUCCAGAGACACAAUGCAGAGAUCGCCGCCUUUCACCUGGACAGGAUCCUUGACUUCCGGAGGGUCCCGCCGGUGGCCGGCAGGCUGGUGAACAUCACGGGGGAAGUCUUUCAAGUGGCUCACAACGAAGAACUGAGAGCCGUCUUCUUCACCUCGCCAGCCAACAACUCGUGCUUCUUCGCCAAGUGCCUGUACGUCUGUAAGACCGAAUACGCGGUGUGUGGAGGGCCAGACCUGCUGGAGGGCUCCCUGUCCGCCUACCUGCCCAGCCUCAGCAUCGCUCCCCGCAUCUCCAUCCCCAACCCCUGGAUACGCUCCUACACCUUCACGGGCCGAGAGGAGUGGGAAGUGAACCCCUUCUACUGUGACAACAUAAAGAAGAUGUAUCCCUACAACUCGGGCGACCGUCUCCUGAACAUCAUAGACAUGUCCAUCUUUGACUUCCUCACAAGCAAUAUGGACAGGCACCACUACGAGAUUUUUACCAAAUUUGGGGACGAGGGGUUUCUUCUCCACUUGGACAACGCCAGAGGGUUUGGGAAGCACUCUCUAGAUGAGAUGUCCAUCCUGGCUCCUCUAUCUCAGUGCUGCAUGAUAAAGCGCUCCACGCUGCUGCGCCUCCGGCUUCUGGCCCGACCCGAGUUCAGGCUGAGCGACGUGAUGAGGGAGUCGCUGGAGGGGGACUCCCUACGGCCCAUCCUGACGGAGCCCCACCUCUCAGCGCUGGACCGCAGGCUACAGAAGGUCCUUCGGACGGUGCAGCGCUGCGUCCGGAGGCUGGGAGAGGACGAGGUCAUCCUCAAGGACUUUGCGGAAUCCACGAGGAGCCCCGCGAGCGCCGCAGAGAGUCAGGUCAGGUAGCACAGGAGGAAAGGGGGGAGGGGGGGGGGGGCUCCUCUUCGCAGAUGCUCGUGGAACCUCGGGAGGCUUCACAACGGAGGGAGCGAGCAGAGCUCAGGUGGUUUUAAGGAAAACACUGUGGAAUCCUCAAAGAAGGAAGCAAUGGAGGUUCAGGACUUUUUACAGUUUCCUAGAAGAGAGGCAGGCGGAUCUUUUAGUUCCUUCUCUCAGGGUCAUAAAGUCCAUGACAGCUUUUCGCGUCGGUUUGGAGUUUAGACCUUUCAGGGGACACUUGGAGAUGUACAGUGAAGCAGAAGGCGCUCGCUCACUGACAUACAGAUGAAAAGCAGCAUGGAUUUCAUGUUUAUAACACGGAUCAGUUGGUAAAUUACUGCUGAGGAAUAUUGUGAUCACUGAAAAAAAAGACUUGUGUAUCCAUGUGGUGUAAUAAUUAUAAAAUAAAGUUAUUUUGGCGAGAAGACAAUCACCUGCAAAUAAUAAAUAUAAAGUGUACUUGUGUUGAAACUGCCAUUUAGUUUCCUCCGCCUCUUUUUCCAGACGUGUAAUCUUUGUCUCAUUAAGUGUUUAAAGAGCUUAAACUGUUGAGACAUAAAAGCAACUGAGAAACAA